ACCGACAUCGACGACAAGGCCGCAAGACAAUGGCCAAAGCCAAAGCAGCGCCUCCACCAUCGAGCGGCGGCAAGUCCGCCAAGAAGAAGAAGUGGUCGAAGGGAAAGGUCAAGGACAAGGCGCAGCACGCCGUCAUGAUUGACAAGCCCACCUACGACCGUAUCCUGAAGGAAGUCCCCACCUUCCGCCUCAUCAGUCAGAGCAUCCUCAUCGAGCGGUUGAAGGUCAACGGGAGCCUUGCGCGCGUUGCUAUCAGGCAUUUGGAGAAGGAGGGCACGAUCAAGCGGAUCGUCCACCACCACGGGCAGCUCAUCUACACCCGCUCGACAGCCAGCUCGGAUUAGAGUUGUUAACUUGUUAUUCCUUUACGCUUUUAUGCUCGUAUCAGCCCAUGUAUUCACAUCCGCACUCCAAAAUCAUGCACUCAACGGCACCAACCCUGGCAUCGCAUUG